CCGGGGUUGGGGUUGGGCUCGGGCUCGCUGGGCGCCUUCCCUCCCUCCUUGUCUCUCUCCCUCAGCACCCACCGCACCCACCGCAGACGAAGAAACUGAGGCCCGGAGAAGUCGGGCGACUCGCCCAGAGCCACGCGGCGGAACGGGGAUUAGAACCCGGAUCCCCCGACUCCCUGCCCCGAGCCCUUUCCGCAGGAGGCCGCUUCUAUGAGAGGGCAAUCACUGCCAGAGGAAAGUGGUGGAAGAGGAAAAAGAAAGUGUAUGAAACAGAAGCCCUGAGGACUUCAGACACUUGAUUUGAAAGGAUGUGCUCCCACAGAUUUCUCCGUUGGUUUCCUGGCAUCCAAUGGCUACUCAAGAGGGGCAUCGGACCCCAGCUCCCCCAGCGUCCCCGCUUCAGAAAACUCCUCCCAACUGCCCCCCGCCAGCAUCACACCGCUCCAGAAUCUCUCAACUGCUCCUGGCAUUUGCACGAAGACCAUUUCGAACUGCGGUACACAGGCACAGUGAUGCGUUUCGAUUACGUCUGGUUGCGUGAUCACUGCCGUUCGGCUUCCUGCUACAACUCCAAGACGAACCAGCGCAGCCUCGACACCGCCAGCGUCAACCUGGCCAUUAAGCCGAAGACCGUCCGUGUAGACGAGACCACGCUCUUUCUCACAUGGCCCGACGGCCACGUGACCCGGUAUAAUUUGGAGUGGUUGGUGAAGAACAGCUACGAAGGGCAGAAACAACAAGUCAUCCAGCCUAGAAUCCUUUGGAAUGCCGAGAUCUAUCAGCGAGCCCAAGUGCCAUCCAUUGACUGCCAGAGCUUUUUAGAAACCAACGAGGGGCUGAAGGAAUUCCUGCAGAACUUCCUACUCUACGGAAUUGCCUUUGUCGAAAAUGUCCCCGCGACCCAAGAGGACACGGAAAAGUUAGCCGAGAGGAUCAGUCUGAUCAGAGAGACCAUCUACGGGAGAAUGUGGUGUUUCACAUCGGACUUCUCCAGGGGAGACACCGCGUACACGAAGCUUGCUCUGGAUCGUCAUACUGACACUACCUACUUCCAGGAACCCUGUGGCAUCCAAGUGUUUCACUGCCUGAAGCACGAAGGGACCGGGGGCCGGACAUUGCUGGUGGAUGGGUUCUACGCGGCGGAGCAGGUGCUUCAGAAGGCCCCCGCCGAAUUCGAACUCCUCAGCAAGGUGCCCCUGAAGCACGAGUACAUCGAGAACGCGGGGGAGUGUCACAACCACAUGAUCGGGGUGGGGCCGGUCUUGAACAUCUACCCCUGGAACAAAGAGCUCUAUUUGAUCAGGUACAACAACUAUGACCGGGCCGUCAUCAAUACGGUGCCUUAUGACGUGGUCCAUCGCUGGUACGCCGCACACCGGACUCUCACUACAGAGCUGAGGAGACCGGAGAACGAACUCUGGGUCAAACUGAAGCCGGGCAAGGCCCUGUUCAUAGACAACUGGCGAGUGCUUCACGGCCGGGAAUCAUUCACUGGCUACCGUCAGCUCUGUGGCUGUUACUUAACAAGAGAUGAUGUCCUGAACACUGCCCGCUUCCUGGGGCUUCAGGCAUGAAACUGUCAGUGAUGGAAAAGGGACCGGACCACCCUGACCUUCCUGACCCCAGAAUUGCACCCCAGCAGAAUAAGGAAAUAUGUCAAAUACCUCAGAUCUCUCCACUUCCCUCCCUCCCGCCCCCCCGCCCACUUGGUGCGGGGGAAACAAUCCAGAGAAAAGUCACCCCUUUCGUCGGCCUUCUCAGAUCACUUCUUUUGCCUUCCUAGUUGUUGGGAUAGAGUUCUCUUUCUCCUUCCUCCUCCUUCAGCGCGACAUGGCUCAGAUGUCUUUAAAAAGGAAACACCCAAACUAAUGGGCUGGUGCUGUUGAAAACAGGUGGAAAUGUGUUCCUCUGUGUGCCUUUUGGUUAAGUGGGCCUGAGUAUGUCUGUCUAGGCUUCGCUGUGGUGCACAAAGCGAUGUAGUCUGAGGAGUUCUGUUUGCUCUCAUUAUAAGCUUGGAUUUACCUAGAAAUAUGGUGGGGGGGGAUUUUUAUUUCCUCUGUUUCCAAGCAACUUCUCCCCCUACAAAAAAAAAAACCAGUAUGGAUGCCAAGUUGCGAAGAUUAGAGUGGGUCAAGUUGACGUGACCUAACUUUUUUUCUUUCUGUUUAGGUGCCAAAAAAAAAAGCAGGGAGAGGAAUGUUUUCCAGCAUUUGGUUGAUAAACAAAUUGAUGAGUUUGCUGUGAAGAACAGGAGAGAUUAUUUUAGAAUGGGCCACUGAUAAAGCAUAGGAGUAACAAAAAGAUUGGAGUGAUGGAAGGAGUGAGUCACCCAGGAAGUAGCAUCUCGCCAUAUUAGUAGCCCGCAGGCAUCCCUUCUUUCCUUCCGUCUUUCUGCUCCUAAACUCCUGUCAGAGGGACUGGUUCUUGGACAGGACUGUGGGAAUCCAAGAGGACUGCCUUUCCUCGUGCUUGCGGCCUCACUAGGAAUUCUCUGAUGGAGCUACCCUAAAUCCAGGGUAGAGAUGUUAUGCAAUCCUCACAGAUCAGUGGUGCGUGAGCUAGAUACUUAACUGCCCCUUGAGAAAAGCUGGAGAUUUUCCUUCUCUGUCCUCUUCGAGCUGACCCUAAUCAGAAAUUGAAUUGUUAAGGAAACAACAUUCGAAGCCAAAAUCUUUGGGCCUCUUCAAAAGUGAAGCGAUGAUGAGCCCCUUUAAUUUUCUUCCCUUCGAUGUCUAAACAAUAUCACUUCUUCAGAACACCACCAGCAUCCUCAUGCUAGCCUGAAAAAAGGAUGAGACAUGGCCGAGUUUUCACUUCUCACUGUGGUUUUUGGGCCUUAUUCUGGAUGUUUUAUACCUGCUGUAAUGUUGUUCAGAGUCAAGCGGCUCCCAGGAAAAUCCCAAAAUGCCUUUAUUGCUUUUCCGUUUAGCGAUUUUCCUGGGAGGUUUUAAAAAAGGCUGCAUGUGAGUUUUUCAUUUUUUUCUUUCAGUUUAAGAUACCUUUCAUCCUCUGGCCAUCCAAGUCAGUAUUAUCAUCAAACUUCAAUAAUAAGUCACCCUAAAGAGCCA